AUGCUUCUCAACAAGGCUUUCCUCGGCGCCCUCCUCGCCAUGGGCACAGUCGCCGCACUCCCCAACCCCGACGCUGAGCCCGCUGAUCUCGAGGAUCGCAGCAUUCUUCACCACUGCGGCGAGCACGCUUCGUGGGAUCACGCCAAGAGCGAGUGCGUGUGCCACGACUCUGGCAAGGUCUACACCAAGAAGCACCACAAGUGCAAGUGCCCCAAGGGCGAGAAGUGGCACCACGUUGAGAAGAACGUGUUAGCAUCAACAUGUUGUCAUCAAUUGAAGGGAAGCCUCGGCGAUAAAAUCAGCUUUCCUGAUACAAAGAGCUACAACGCCACGCUGAGUAGCUACUGGUCGAAACAAGAGUCUGCACUUCACCCCAACUGCGUUCUACAGCCUACCACCGCCCACGAUGUCGCCGCUGCCCUGAAGAUAAUUAGCAAACAAAAAGACUGCAAAUUCUCAAUCAAGGGUCAAGGCCAUGCUCCCGCAGCAGGCUUCGCCAACUUCAACGGCGGCGUGACCAUUGACAUGACAACUCUUUCAUCCGUGUCUCUUAACAAAAAGUCAACCAUUGUAAGCAUCGGCGCAGGUGCAAAGUGGCUCAAAGUUUAUCAGCAUCUCGACCUCUCAGGCGUACAAGUUGCGGGUGGCCGAAACGGAAAUGUCGGCGUCGGAGGCUUGCUCCUUGGGGGAGGAAUAUCUCACUUCACUACCCAAGUCGGAUGGGCUUGUGACAAAGUAGUUAACUAUGAGGUUGUUCUCGCCAAUGGUACUCUCAUUAGCGCAAACAAGAAAGAAAACUCGGAUCUAUUCCUUGCUCUGAAAGGAGGGGGCAAUAACUUCGGCGUUAUCACGCGCUUUGACGUUGAGGGGUUUCCGCAGGGCGACAUUUCUACGACUAGCAUCUCCUACGAUAUCAGUGAGAGGGACAAGGUGUUCCAGGCCUUUACAGACUUACUUGACUCAUCUACAUACGAUCCUUCAGCAUCGUUAGUUACUAGCCUUCUUUACAGCUCCGUUUCCAAAGCGUGGUCAUUGUCAGCUUCAGCUGUAUACACCAAGCCAGUCUCCCAACCAGAGAUCUUCGAGGGUCUUUCGAAUGUGCCUCACACGAAGCUAGUUAAUAACAUCACGACGUUGGCGGAGUUUGCUGACGAGAAGGAUACACCGCCAUUGAACUGGCUUUUUGCGACGUUGACUUUCAAGCCCUCCGCACAAAAUAUGCAAUAUAUGUUUGAGACCUUCAACAAGACGAUCUAUUCGUUCAAUCCACAGGACGGCGUGACAUGGAGUAUCGCUUUUGAGCCGUUGGUAGCAGCGAUGCUGGAUGGUCCCAAGCAUACCAAUGUCCUUGGCCUCCAGUCCACACAUGAUGGCUACAUUGUUCUUAUCUCAGCGCUAUGGCCGAACUUAGCUGUCAGCUCGAACGUUGACGAGACAGCGAAGAAGGUACUGUCAGUAUGGGAAGAGGAUGCUCGUGCAAAGGGUCUGUUGCAGAUGUUCCAGUACCUCAAUUACGCUGCCCCAUACCAAAGGCCCUUUGAGUCAUACGGAGAUGACGAGCUGGAGUUUCUCAAGUCGGUUAGCAAGAAGUAUGAUCCUGCUCAAAUCUUGCAGAAGAGAGUGGGUGGCUUCAAGCUGUGA